AUGCCUCGUGGGCGACUGAGGCCCGAGUCGCCGCUCCGAAUGCCAAUGAGCCCUGAGCACAGCAGCAAUGCCAUGGAUAAUGGCGACUCGCGGCGGUUAUCGCCAACAAGGCCCUCUGUUUCCAGGACCCAGCUGCUGCACCACCUGCGAGACAUGUCCGACAUGUCCCCUGCUCAGUCUCCAGCGCGACAUGGUUUCGACAACGGUAAGCAGCAGCCGUGCAAGGCCAGCAGGUUCAACGGUCCCAGCAGCAGAACCAGUGGCUGGAAAUCCCCGUUGCCAGCGGCGUGGAGAACGAAUCCGGCCGCAAAGGGGACUCGGCAAGAAAGAUGCGGGAUGCUUGCUGCAAUCACACCUGUGCCGGCGAGUGACAGCUAG